AUGCGCAGUCACCUUUCAAACUGCCAACUUAGACAUCAAAAGCCCAGUCAAAGGCCGCGACGCCGUCUCGUGAUAACUAGGGCUUGGCAUGUCUCAUCGUCGCAGCACUCCGUCUGCAACCUGCAGCCAUCGCGCAGACCCCAGCUAGAGCACCUCAUCUACGAGAUCAUAAACGUUCUGGCGCUACCUGCAGAGCCCUCGCCCGUCGACCUUCAGCGCUGGAGCAAGAACAUCGAUGUGCUUCAAAAAGUCCACGGCGCAGGUGGCGCGGAACGCGUCCGUAGAGCACUUCUCGCCAACCCAUCCCUUCUUUCUGCGGACCUUGAGCGCUGGCACAGCUUUUUCGUGGCGGGUUUCGGUCUCCCCCCGGACGGCUUCGCCAAGCUGUUGACGGACUGCCCCUCUCUGCUCACGGAGGGGGACGUGUUCACCGCGGGCAGCUGCAUGCUGUUCUUCAAGAACAUGGGCUGGAGGAACCAGGAUAUCACGCAGCGGAUCAUCGGCUACUACCCGCAGCUGUUGCUGUUGGACCGCCGAAGGGACAUCGACCCUGUACUACGUUUCUUAGAACGUCUUGAGUGCCGGGGGGACAAUCUCCGACUGCUGGUGUGGGAGUUUCCCCGUAUUUUCGACAAGGACUACCGUCGCCACGUUCGCAAGUUCCAGUACUUGGGAAUGUACGGCCUCUCCGUGUACCGAAACGGUGGUGGAGGCGACGGGACCAGCGGCGGGGAAGAGGGGGGAGGUGGCCGCGCCGCCGCCGCCGCCGCCGCCGCCGCCGUCACUGCCGUCACUGCCCCUGCCGCCGGCGACAGCGAUGUGGCGUUCUUACGCCCGUGA